ACCGUCACCACCCUCCACAGAUCCACAGCGACUAGCUCCCUUCAUCUCUCCAUCUCCUCAUGCCCCAUGCCGACACCCGCUGAGGUCGAAGCCAUCCUCGACCGCCGCAAGGGGCGGCACGACACGCCCGGCGACGCCGACCUCGCCCCCGUCUACACCUUCCUCCUUGCUGACACCCCCGAUGCCCCGUCGCACUGGUUUUGCCCCGCUGCAGGCGACCUCCAGCGCCGCGCGGCGACGUACCUCAUAGUACUGUUCGCGUUCAAGCGCCAGGGCACGAGCAAGACGUGGAUCGACACGCUCGCCAAUGUGCUUCAGUCGUGUGCUAAGUGCGCGCGCGGAUUCGCGAGCGCUCGGCGGACAUGGGAGCGGCUCUACUUCUCCGCCUACCCCGCAGCAACGAGGCAGAACUUUGCCCAGGUCAUCGACAAGUGGCUGGCCGAGCUGAUCUCACCUCACCUUGAGCCAGGCGGCUUGUUCGACCUCCCGCCUGCGCUCCUGCAGCUCGCAUUCAAUGAGCCCGCCGUUCUCGCCCUUCCCACCAUUGCUGGCGCGCUCGACAAGGCUACUGCAGCAGCCGGGAGCGGGCGCACCUCCGUGGCCGACCUCCACAUUUCCGCCGGACUCGUCAACUUGCUGUCAUCCCGCAAGCCUGAGCACCGGCAGUGGGCGCGCACGCAGAUCGCGUUCAUCUCGCACAAGCCCGUCUUCUUUGGAGAUUUUCGGGACGGCGGCGUGGGGGCGGAGGUGCUGGCGCUGCUCGGGUCAACCUUCCCCGGAUCCCAAGCCGAGCUCCUUUCCUCCGUCCAAACACUCGUCUCCGCCGACCGCUUUGCGCCCGAUGCUAUCCAACAAGGCCUCCUCGCGGGGCAGUACACGCAGGAUGCGGCGCGCCCAGACAAGUCCGUCAUGGCGUUUGUCGCGCGCCAGCUCGGCACGCCAUCAGAUUCCUUCCCCGCCGUUCUCGAACUCUUCACUUCCAUCCUGCGCAUAUCUCCCACUCGCCACGCUUGGGCGUUUGACACCUCGCCGGAACUUCCCCAUACACUCUUCUCUGACAUCAAGAGGAACGCGUCGUUUGACGCCCUGGUGGCCGACGCUCGGCCAUCCAACCCUAAGGGCAAGGACAAGGAGGGCACAGAAGAUACAGGCCCACUGAGCUUUAUCACACCCUUCCUUGUCUCUGUCCUCGACGCGCAGAAGGCAAAGGAGGGCUCGGGGUUCUCCGAAGCCCUCGCCAAAGUCAUGAACUACUGUUUCGCCGAAAUGCAGCACGACCGUCUCGAGGUGCAGGUGCGAGCCGCCGUCGCGGAGUCUGGUUUCAAGACUCUUAUUGCGCUGCAGGAGAAUGUCUCGGGCACAGACCUAGGUUCUGUGGCGAUCAAGUCUGUACUCGAAGUACACGCCAGUUUCAUCGCCCGCGUCGCGUUCCAUUUGAAGGCUGAUCGAGGAUGGGCGUCGGCACGCGAGGCUGCGCGGAAUCUGACCGCUGUGGUGUUCAAGGUGGACGGGCGCGAGAUUGUGGAAAACGUUCUGGGCAUGGCCCUGAUCGCCAUGAACGAGCGUCGUCGCUUGAGACGAGCGCGUCGGGCCAAACCAAACAAUCCUGUUCCAGAUGCCGUCCGUGUCGAAAAGCUUCAUCGCGUCUCGGUCCAUCGCGAGCUUUGGAGGGCAGCAUAUGAAGCCUUCGACCCGACAGACCCCUCUGGAUUGGCGCUGAUCAUCGCCGCUGUCGCGCCAUUUGCUCACAUUGAAAAGCUAAACUUGAACGAGGCAUGGAACCCAGACGAUCUCGGCAAGGUUGUUGAACGUCAAGAAUGGAAAUUGAGCGUGCGAGCCGUCAACACGGCACUCGACACUGUGCGCGAGGACUUUCCGCGCGUUGUCGAGUCGAUGGCGGCGCAGCUCGAUCCCCUCGUACUGGGUUCGUUGUGGAAAGUUCCCGGUGUAGCACAGUCAGUCAUGGUUCUUCUUCUGUCGCCUGUCGAGAAGAUCCACGACCCCAUUAUCAACCUGAUCCAACAAUCCUACACCGAAGUCGAUGACCGAGGGGACUGUAUCCGCACCCUUCUGAACCAGCACUCAGUCGAGGUCAUGGACGGACUCUACGCCUUCCUCUCGUCCUUCAUCCAGACUGCACGGUUGGUUCCAGAAGCGGUCGGGCUCGCCAAAUGGCUUGUGCGCUGCUUCACCGACGUCAUGGAUGCCCUGUGCGAAUCGUCGGGCCUGUCACCCGCCUUGCUCCAGACGGACGCGUUCUUGUCAAAGUACGCCAACAAUCGGCGCAUGACGCGCCGCGUGAGCGACCUGUGGCAGCUCAUGACGGACUCGCUGGCUCUGAUCUUCAAGCGUACCUCCGACUGGGCACCGUAUUACGACAACGAGGUCAUGGUCGACUGGAUGCGAGACGCGCUCAUCUUCGGUCGUAUGAUCACUGACAACAUCCGGAUCUUCGAAUCCGCGAUCCUAAGCCACGCGAAAGUGCCUCAAGACGACCCUUCAGAGUCUCCCGCGCGCAUGUCUCAAGUUGGCAAGACUCUCGUCCAGAAGCUGCAGGUUGUCCUUGCUGAUCUCGUCGGGUGGCUGCGUCUGACAGAUGCGGAAACGCUCCACCAAGCCUUUGAGCUGCUCAAAACGAUCUUGGGUCGCGUCAGCAAGUCCAAGCCGGACCUCAACACCGACCCGCAACUUGAGGCUACGCUUCUCGAGCUUGACAAGUUCUGUCGCCGCUCCUCCAAUGCCUACAAGAGUCGUAUCUCGGAUGACAUGCUCGCAGAGCUGUCCGAGCUGGUUGGCCAGUUCGACUUGGCCAUGGACGACGACAUUCAGUUUAUUAAGGAGGUCAAAGCCACGACCCCCGAGGCUGGCAGCUCUGAUGUGGAGCCGAUGUCAUCGAGGCUCAAGGCUGUUGCCAUCAAGGACAAGCGCGAGGACCAGCGCGACGUCAAACCAUCGAUCUCCGCGACGCAGCAGAAGAAUGCGUUUGCUAUGAUGAUGAAGAAGGCCGGCGGAACGUACACGCCCACCGAAGGCUCCAGUCGCCCCAAGCCGACCAAGCCGACCAAGCCUCGCCAAAUGACACUGGAAGAGUUCGAGGAACAGGACGACUUCCUCGAGAGCUUGUCUGCCCAUGACCUUGACAUUCUGGAGCGCCGAGCUCUGAGCACGAGCGCUAAGCGUGCCGAGGCGCCCAAGCCAAAGAAGGACAAGCUCGUCUUGAAUGUCGUGCCCAAGUUCUACCCGGAGAAGAAGCCUUCAUCGACAUCAUACAAGUCGAAGUUUAUGCGUGACCUGAGCCGUGAGCACAAGGCGCAGAUGUCUGAGCAGCGUCGGGGCGCACCUCCGGUCACUCGUUUGCCCAACGCUGCAGCCAUUGGCACUGGUAUUGGCGCAUACACCGGCCCGCCCAGGCCAGUUGCCAAGCCGGCGCCGGCCUCCUCCGACACGAGUGACUCGGACUCGUCGUCAGACGACGAUAACAAGGGUCUCACAGCUCUACUUGCACGCCAGAAAGGCGUGCUCAAGCCUGCGACGAGGGUUCCUGCUGCUCCGCAGCGCUUUACCAUUGCGGAGUCGCGUCCUAAGAUGGGCGGAGCAGCCAUCGACCUCAUUCGCGAGCGCGAGGCUCAGCGACGGAGAGCUCACGCGAAUCGCAUGCGUCUCAACCCGGAUAUGACACCGCUGUACCGCUACGUGCUGGGCUGGAACCCGGCGCACACUGGUACAAUGCCUCCGUACCAGGAUAAAGUGGCAGCUCAGAUUGGCAGCUUACAGCCUGUGCCUACGGCAUUUAGCAGCGCAGAGCAUUAUGACAAGGUCAUGCUCCCCAUGUUCCUGCAGGAGCUGUGGGCCCAAUUCAUCAAGGACGAGCAGACGUCGGGCGCCGUGACCGUCGAGGUCAUGCAGAAGGACUAUGAGGACAGCUUCAUCGACCUGCAGGCCGUCGUUGCUGGAAACUUGCCGCAGGGCUUCAGCCUCAACGACUCGGACAUUGUGACUAUCCAGCCGCAGGUGCCAGGCGGCCGACAGGUCUUCGCAAAGGUCAUGGUAUUCGUGCGCCGCUUCAAGGAGGUCUCGAUGAAGCUGCGCAUCCUGAACGACAUGGACCCGAACGUCGGCGUCAAGGGCAAGCUUGUCGUGCAGAAGCGCACCACACUUGGCACCGCGUUACGCGAGUUUGGUGCCCUUCGCGGCUUGCCUUACUAUGAGCCGGGCAUCCUCCGUGACAUCCUCGCUGCGCGUAGCGCGGCCACGCCCACCGUCUCAGAAGCCGACGUCAAGGACGCCAUGCAGAAGUUCCAGGUCAACGAGCCACAGGCGAAGGCCAUUCUCGGCGCGUUCGCCGUGCAAGGCUUUGCUCUCAUCCAGGGUCCUCCGGGUACGGGUAAGACCAAGACUAUCAGUGGUCUCGUCGGCAAGUUUCUAUCUGAGCGCAACAUGCCCAUCGCCUCGCAUGUCGACGCUCCAGCCAAAACCAAGAUUCUGGUGUGCGCGCCCAGUAACGCGGCCAUUGACGAGGUGUGCAAGCGUCUUAUGGACGGAGUUCCGUCAGCCAACGGCGGGCGCAUCCACCCCAAGGUCGUGCGGAUUGGUAUGGAGUCAUCGGUCAACGUCGCCGUCAAGGACGUCUCGCUCGACAACAUUGUGGAGGCACGUGUCAACACGGAGUCACAGAGACGAGAUGGCGGAGGCUCAGAACUCGCCCGUGUGCAAACCGAGCUCGAUGCUGUCAAAAGCCAGAUCAAGGAGAAGCAGCUGGAGCUCUCGCGCGUACAGGGCAACGAUCAGAAACUCAAGGCCAUCGAAGCUGAGCUCCACACUCUCAACGCGAAACGCACCAAGCUCGGUCAGCAGCAAUCGCGCGCUAAGGACGCUGCCCGUGAUGCCACACGCCACCUCAACGGUGCCCGUCGUGCCGCUCGUGAUGCUGUGCUCAAGGAGGCGGACAUUAUCUGCGCUACCUUGUCUGGUGCCGGCCAGGAGGUGCUCAAGGCCUACCAGUUCGAAACGGUCAUCAUCGAUGAAGCCGCACAGGCGAUCGAGAUGAGCUGUCUCAUCCCGCUCAAGUACGGUGCCAGGCGGUGCAUCAUGGUCGGAGACCCUAAUCAGCUUCCUCCCACUACGUUCAGCAUCGAGGCGGACAAGAACAAAUACAACCAGAGUUUGUUCGUCCGCAUCGCGCAGAAUAGGGACUCGCACAUGAAUCUCCUCAGUAUUCAGUACCGUAUGCACCCCGAGAUCUCGGAGCUGCCGUCCAAGCUGUUCUACGACAAUCGGCUCAAGGAUGGACCUGGGAUGGCCGAGAAGACCGCGGCGAUGUGGCACAAGACCCCGAUCUUCGGGCCAUACCACUUCGUCAACGUCAAUGGCCACGAGACGAAGGCCGGCACGUCUACGCGCAACACCGAUGAGGCCAGGGUCGCUGUUGACCUGUACCGCAACCUUGAGGCCCAAUACGGCAACCGUAUCGACUUUACAAUGCGCAUCGGCGUGAUCACCAUGUACAAGGAGCAGCUGAACGAGCUCAAGCGACAAUUUAGGAACGCGUUCGGCGACGAGAUCGUGGAGAAGAUUGAUUUCAACACCGUAGACGGUUUCCAGGGCCAGGAGAAGGACAUUAUUAUCCUCUCAUGUGUCCGUUCUGGACCGAACCUCACGACUAUCGGUUUCCUGAAAGACUUCCGCCGCAUGAACGUCGCCUUGACGCGUGCCAAGUCUACGCUGUUCGUUCUGGGCAACGCAUCGACGCUCGAGCGCAGCGAUCCCCGCUGGAACACGAUCGUCGGUGACGCUCGUGAGCGUGGUCUUCUCGUCAACUACGAUCCCACGCUGUUCUCCAACCCUAAGCAUGCCCUGCCCGCCACCAACGGGAAACUCAAGCCACGCGAAGCUUCGCCUGUGCGCGGGGUCGUCAUCCCAAAGGUCGGCACGGUUAAGGGCCUCGACGAUCCCAUCAAGAAACGCAAAUCGUCGCCGGCGGAGGAGCCGGCCAGCAAGAAGCCGCGAAUUUCGGCGCCGACUGGGAACAAGGGUUCCAACAAUAGCUCGAAGAACGGCUCAGUCGCGCCAUCUGUCACUGGCUCAGCGGCAACAUCACGCGUUUCGACACCAGGUCGGCGAUCCUCACCCUCGCCUCCCCAGCCGACAGCAGCACCACCACCCCCACCGAUUGGCCGCCCAUCAGUGGCCCCAUCACUCCCCACGCGCCCUCCAGCCGCCGCUGCAUAUGCAAACGUCCCUCCACGCCCUCCUGGCCUUUCAGGCCCCUCCGCUGGCGCACCCCCGGUUCGCCCUCGUCCACCGAAGCGCCCCGCAGGCGAGGACGCCUUAUUCAUGAAGAAGAAGAAACCCGUCCAACGUCCCAAGGGAGGACCACCGCCAGUCAACGUGCGCGCAAUCGUAAACGACGACGUCGCGAGCGGGCGGCGACCACCUCGUCCGUCCUAGACCACCCAAUCUCAUUUCUGCAUGCCAAGCUUCAUACUCACGUCAACUGCAUCACCUCUAUCCUGCAUGUCGCAUCUCACCCUGCAUUUAGCAUUUGCACCCAUAGAUCACACCCCACACCCCGUCUGCAAAGAGUCAUGUACUGUACAUUCACCCCGCACGCACAUCCAGAAUGUGAGCAGUCGCAUAUUUGUACAGCUGAUCCAUCGGUCACUCAAGUACAACAGGAUGUGAACGCGGUGUU